AUGGACUUACGUAUGUGGACCUAUGGCCCAGCAGAAAAAGAUGUGGAACUAACCCAAAGUGCUUUGUGCACUGAGUCCACAAUAGAGAAUUCUGUACCAGUUUUAGGGAUUAUGUGGGACAGAAUAGAAGAUAACCUUUAUAUUGAAAUUAAGACUGGGGAGAGUUUUCCAGAGACUGGAGACUCCAUCAAUGGUCUUUUGACCGUACGAGAUCAGAGUGGCUUAAGAAGACAUUCUCAUGCCGGCGUACAAGCAUUAACUGUUAUAAUUAGAGAAGAAUUCUGGAUCAUUGGUGCAAGACGCCGAAUUAGAUCGGUGGUGAAACAGAAACAGUGCGUCCGUUGUAAACGAUUUUCAGCAAAACCUCCAACUACUGCACCCAUUCAAUUACCAUUAGACAGAGUUCGAGAUGCUUUCGCAUUUGAAGUUACCGGCAUAGAUUUAUGUGGCCCUCUGAUUCUCAAAAAUAAAAACAAAGACUGGGUAGUACUGUUUACGUGUGCUGUAUAUAGAUGUGUACAUUUGGAACUAAUGACAUCCGAAACUUUGCAUCCCAUCACUUGGAAGUUCAUUCCGCCCACUGCUGCUUGGUGGGGCGGAUGGUGGGAGCGUCUAAUCCGCACAACCAAGAAUUUGAUUGUGAGAGUCUUAGGACAAGCUGCAGUCAAUUACGAAGAGUUACUCACCGUCAUCUGUGAUGUGGAAGCCGUAAUAAACUGUCGACCACUUACUUAUGUGUCAAAUGACUCUGAGGAUCUUCUACCAUUAACGCCUUCCAUGUUCUUACAGGACAUUAAGGUUUCAGGUACAGCAGAUUUGGAUACUUUAGAUCGAAAUAAACUCUUGGCUCGUCAGCGUUUCUGCCAGGAACUUCGAGAACAAUUUCGUAGCCGUUUCUGCAAGGAGUUACCUUGGACAGUUAGUACAAAAGCAUGGACAGGACUGUGA